CACUCACUCUUAUGCUCUUGCUUGCUCGGUCUCUGGCACAUGCAGACCGAGGGAGGGGAGGGAAUGAACAAGGUGCACACAUGUGAGGAUCUCCUCAACUGCCAGAGCGAGGCAGGACUGGCAACGACAGAAGAAGAAGGGGAGGAGGAGGUCUACAGGAAUACUGCAGUGGCCAUCCAGCUUCCUUUUCUUCUGAGUUCUCACUCUCCAUCUCUCCCUGCUUCACUGCUUUCGUCCCCCACCCCCGGCCCCGUCAUCUUCAUCCAGUCUUCCCUGCUGCCAGCCACACCAUGAAGCCGCCUGCUGUUUGUUGCUAAGGGGGCAGCGGACCAGGGGAGCAGAGGGAACCAGACGAUAUACAUUUUUUUUUUGUCUUUUUUUUUCUCUCCAGGCCUUACUGAAAAUGGCAGAGGGGUCCAAAGAACAAGGAGGGACUGGCCCCAUAGAACCAGAGGAAGAUUCUCCAAACAUGAUUGUCUACAGAAAGAUGGAAGACAUCGUUACACGAAUACAAGAUGAGAAAGCAGGAGGGGUUGCCAUCCGAACUGUUAAAAGCUUCCUCUCCAAGAUCCCGAGUGUGGUAUCAGGGGCGGACAUAGUUCAGUGGCUGAUGAAAAACCUCUCCAUUGAGGAUCCAGCUGAAGCCAUCCACCUCGGUAGUCUGAUUGCAGCUCAUGGCUACAUCUUUCCCAUCUCUGACCAUGUCCUGACUCUGAAGGAUGAUGGAACUCUUUACCGCUUUCAGUCUCCAUACUUUUGGCCUUCAAACUGCUGGGAACCUGAGAACACAGAUUACGCCAUUUACCUGUGCAAGCGCACCAUGCAGAAUAAAGCCAGGCUCGAGCUCGCUGACUAUGAAGCAGAGAACCUGGCUCGGCUGCAGAGGGCUUUUGCCCGGAAGUGGGAAUUCAUCUUCAUGCAAGCUGAGGCUCAAGUCAAGAUCGACAGAAAGAAAGACAAAGCAGAGAGGAAGAUCCUUGACAGCCAAGAGAGGGCGUUCUGGGACGUUCAUCGACCUGUGCCAGGCUGUGUCAACACCACCGAAAUGGACAUCCGGAAGUGUCGGAGAGAGAAGAACCCACACAGGGUGAAAAAGUCAGUCUACGGGGUGCCAGAUGACGGCCAGAGCCAACCAAGUCCAGUCCAUAUCAGCUCCCAGCCGAACAGGAAGCCCACCAAAGAGGAUGUUCAGAAGGAGAUAACCUUUUUGAACAUCCAGCUGGACAGACAUUGUAUGAAGGUUUCCAAAGUGGCCGACAGCCUGAUGACGUACACGGAACAGUUUGUGGAAUACGACCCCUUUGUGUCUGGUGCGGAACCCUCAAACCCCUGGAUUAGUGACGACACCACCUUAUGGGACCUGGAGGCAAGCAGGGAUCCCAGUCAGCAGCGAGUGAAGAAGUGGGGCUUUUCCCUGGAGGAGGCUCUGAAGGACCCUGCGGGGCGUGACCAGUUCCUGAAGUUCCUGGAAUCAGAGUUCAGCUCCGAGAAUCUGCGAUUCUGGUUAGCUGUGCAGGAUCUGAAGCGAAGGCCGCUCCAGGAGGUGUCCACCAGGGCUCAGGAGAUCUGGCAGGAGUUUUUGGCCGAAGGAGCUCCAAGCUCCAUCAACCUGGACUCUCACAGCUAUGAGCGGACCAGCCAGAACCUCAAAGACCCUGGGCGAUACAGUUAUGAAGAUGCUCAGGAGCACAUAUUCAAGCUGAUGAAAAGUGACAGCUAUGCACGCUUUUUGCGAUCCAACAUCUACCAAGACCUCCUCCUGGCCAGAAAGAAACAGCCAGCAGACACAGAGCAGGGCCGUCGCACCUCCUUGGAGAAGUUCACCCGCAGCGUGGGGAAGUCUUUGACGGGGAAGCGUCUGACGGGCCUUAUGCAGUCGUCCUGACAGAGCCUGUCAGUGAGAGCUACAACCAGUCCCUGCUGGAGGGAUGACAUCCACACGGGGGCCGGGGUAGGGCUGCAAACAUGGUUCUUGGACACUGCUUCCAGGUUUGCUGGUGUCCUGCUGGUGCAUUGCUGGGCAGAAUGGGCCGAACCACCCAAACAGAACCACUGAUGAAGAGGCCGACGCCUGGAGGAGGAUUCCUAGCUAACGGAUGACGUGGCAUGUGGUGUAAACGAUAAGCACAUCCAAACUUAUGCUGCCCUAUCUUCAUCACUUAGAGGGCAAAAGGUUGUCAGGCAUGACUUGGUUUAUUGAUUUUAUUUUAAUGUUUCUUAUUUUAUAUUUGCCACAACACUUUGGGGCCAUAAAUAUUAAAUGGAGGUGUGCAUCUGUUCUCACAAGGCAGUCAGCAAUAAAAACAAACCCAGCUUCUUUUGAUAUUCUUUAAACUGUUUUCAUAUAUAUUGAAGUGCGUAACAUGCCGGCUGAAGGGUAAGAAAAGAUAGGUGAUUAUUAAAAAACACCCCACCCCCUCCCUAUUUUCGAAAAAAAAAAAGAUUUUUUAAUCUUCAUUACAUUCCAAAAUCCCACAUAAGGGC